GAUCGUAAUGUGUGAUGCGUUUGACCAGGCGGAGACGGGAGUUUCGUCGCCGUCUUCGUCUUAUACUGUGGCGGCUGAUGCAGUCGUCUUGAGAAAGGAUGAGGACAAGGUGGGCACAGAGUCUGGUUUUGCUGCUGAGAUUGCAUGUGACGAGAUAUAUGUAACUGGUUAUCCUCACCAUGACCGAGAAGAGCUUGAAUUUCAAACUGAGCCUUCUAAUGGGGCUGCUGCCUGUACGAACGCAGAUAGCGUCAACUCUUUCAACCAUUGUGAAUGUGGUGGCACAGCAGGCGACUCUUCAGAUGAAAGUUUCGAGGAAGUGGAGUUCUCGCCAGACGAAAUAGAAUUCGACGAGAGCAAUGCAGCAUUCGAAGGUGUGAAACUAGUGCUCAGUGGAACUAGUCUAGCAAUAGCAGAGUCACAUUUCCAGUCCUUCAAAAUAUACAGCGCGCCAAUGGCUAACGGAUACUCCUUUGUACAUGUUGUAAAGGCAAUUUUGAGUCAAGAUACGGCCCAUAUUGUGAAAGCUAGAGCGGUGGUGAAGGAAUGCGAGAGUAUGUACAAACAAAUAAGAAACUGCAAACAUAGCAGUGAGUUUGCGAAGCUGUACGCAAGUGUGUGUCAAGCAGAUGCCUACUUGUUUAAAGCGUCGCUAUUGCUCAUCAAGUUCGAGAUAUCAGUUGCGUUGCAAUGUGGCUGGUAUGUGAGGAAGGCGGCCAAGUUGUUUCACCAGAACGAGGUGGCGUUGAUGAAGCUGAAACAGCAGCGAGAGUCACAGGUGCUCCGCCGCUUCACCCCAUCUGCCGGCCCCACAGCUUUUGCCACCGCCGGCACAGGUGCAUAUGAUGGCCUGUACGCUGCGGUGUGUUUUGGUGUUGGCUUCACCAACUUGCUUCUCAGUAUCCUGCCGCCCUCCUAUGCAUCAGUGAUGAAUGUGAUGGGCUAUGAGAGCGACAGAGUCAAAGGUCUGAAGAAUCUAGACUUGUGUCGACGUGGAAAUGAUUUCCACUCUCCACUUGCCUCUCUAAUUUUACUCUGGUACUAUUUAAUCGCCAAGCCCCUCAUGUGCUGCAAUAAGGAGGACUUAGAAGUCGGAUUCUCCGUAGCCGAAGAAAUUUUGACCGAAUCUCCACAUGCUCUGAGUGAGUGUUCGUGGAUUGUUCACUUUUUCAAAGGUAAAUUGUCAAUCCUGCGUAAGAAUGAUGUUGAAGAUGGUCUGAGGCUGUACAUGCUUGCGAAAGACAGCUGUUGCAUCAGCAGCGGAGAAAGUGAUUUAGAGAAGCUUCGUGUGCUGCUGGUGUUCGAGAUCGGGUGGUGUUGGGUUAUUAAAUGUCACUUUCGAAAAGCAGUCGAGCAUUUCUCCACAAUUAAAGACUGCUCAUAUUGGUCCGAGGGACUGUACCUUUAUGCGAAUGCGCUUUGUGUUGGAGUCCUUGGCGGCAACGGUUCCAAACAGGCUCUGUCAAUGAUCAAAAGGGUGGCCAUGAUUAAGAAGAAACACCCCAACAACUCAGAGUUUUACGUAAUUUCACGAGCAAAACUGUGCUACAAUAUAGAGAAAGAGGGGGACAAGAAAGAGGCAACGUUACAAUCACACUUGAGGUUGCUCAUCUUCGAGAUGUUGUACUUUUGGAACCAUCUGAAUCUCCUGUCGGAAGAGAAUAGGACUGAUGCAAUCGAGUGGAUGGGUAAGUUGGACCAGUUUGACAGGAAGCUCAGACCGAUGGCCAAUCUCCUCUGUGGGGCCUUGCAAACCAUCUCAUCUGAAUACCACUCCGCAAUUGACACUUUAACCUCACUCCGAGCGUAUCUCUCAACCGUUCAGAAAUCAUCAUCUCACAGUAGUUUCAGUCUGGAAAAGGCCUACGGACUGUACGAGCUGGCUCUGGCCAAAUACAAACUCAUGUUGCUACUCCAUUCUAAAUCACCGCCCAAAUUUUCAUCUGCUACCACAGAUGAGGUGGAGGAGCUGUUGAGCAAAACUAUGCAUUUCAGUGGCUAUCAGUUCGAGAAUAGACUCAAACUUAGGGUACAUAGUCUGCGAGCAGAUGUGACCACCUCCUCACUCGAGUCUUCUUCUUCGUCCUCGUCAUCAACAGCGGCUGCAGCUCGUGCUCAAUUGAACUCUUCGGCCGCCGCCGCUUGCGACCAGAUGGACAAUGGUAAUGGACAGACUGCACCACAGCGCUAGGUCAAGUCAGUCCCAAUCUAAGUCACAAAGUGAGGACGGACGGAGAACUAUUUAGUUUGUUAGAUAAUAUUUCUGGUCAUUUAGUGUUACUCAAGACAAGGUAGCAAACACACUGUUCAGGUUGAGUGAAUUCUUCUGUGCUAUGAAGCAUUCAGUCUUAAGAAAAAUUUCUCAAUUUAUGUUUUACCGGGUUAAUCUUGAAUAUCAAUCUCAAAUCGAAAAAAGUUUCGAAAUAAGAGUAAAUGUCUAAUUUCACCUUCAGAACGCAAAUUUUCAACUUGGUUUGCUAAUGUUUACUAUGUUUAAACCGUAGCAAUUGCCGUAAGAGUUUUAAUGAUGUAAUUUAGUCGUAUGAAAAUGAAUAGGUUUUUUUUUCGGAAAUCGGUAACCGGCUGUCAUUUGCCUCUAUAAAUUUUUAUCGAAUAGAAAAACUCGAAAAAAAUAAGUGUAUUAUUGCUUGCCCAAUUCCAUUUCACUCUAUUUGUAAUCAGUGACGUCCGCAGGGUUUUCUGACGAGUAGGUUCGGUGGUUUUUGGAAAAAAUUUUGACAAUUUUUUUAGGGCUGACAGAUUUUUCGAGCUUCACCGAUGCACUAAAAUGAACCAAAGCCGCCGGAUUUUUUUUCGGUGGGAUCAAAUUAUUACUUUUCGAUACCAAAUUUUUGAGUUUUACGGCCAAAGAUAGAUGUAAAAUAGUAUCAAAUAGGUAAGCGACCCUCUCAAAAACUUCUCAAACAAAAUUAAGGGAGAUACGAUCGCACCUACGGAUCGGCAUGCUAUAGAAAGUGUUAGCUUUCAAACUAUUGCGAUUUAGUAGAGUUAAAUUAACAGUGACCAUUUUAUCUAAUUUUCAGUGAUAAAUCGUUUGGUUUUAAGUUGGUGCUAUUAUUCGAUUAUAUGAAUAUCUUUAUUCGAAAUCUGAAAUGAAAAUUAUUUAACUCAUUUUAUCACUCGUUCUUUUUUGUUGCAAACAAGGUUUUCAACAUUAAAUCAAGGUCGAUUUGUUUUUCUAAAGGACGUGAUAAUAAGACAGACCAGUACCCACAGAAGUUUCUUGAAACAGAUAGCACUCUCUUUUGAUGUACUUGGCUCUAAUCAAUUACAAACUAGAAAAGGACUUUUUUGCCUCAGUAGUGGAAUCAGUAAUAAACUAGUAUUUAUGAACCAAUUAUCUUAUUGAUAAAUUAUCACUGUUAAAUAUUACUAACUAACCAAUCAUAUUCCAUCUCUAACAUUGACACUUAUUUGUAAGUGCUGAAACUACUUGUAGUUUCAGCACCAGAACAAUUUGAAUAAAACUUUGAAUACA